AUGGCAGGUAACAACUCAGUGAAUGAUGGUCUUUUGCUGCAACCAUUGACUCCCCGGAACAUUGUUGUGCAGAUCCUGGUCAUAAUUUUUCUUUGCAUCAACAUGUUGCUCAUUGUCACCAUUUUUAAAAAGGAAUGCUUUCACACAUCUGCACGCUAUAUCUUAUUUUCUGUAACAUUAUUGUCAGACAGCUUAUUGUUAUUGAUGUCUGAUAUCCUGCUAAUCUUGACCGUUUUUAAACUUACAUUGCAAGUUUGGUUGUGUACAAUUAUCACUCUUGUUGUGAGUCUGUAUUCUACUAUCACACCAGUUACUCUGACAGCAAUGACUCUGGAGCGCUAUGUGGCCAUUUGUAUGCCUCUGCAUCACGGACAGCUGUGCUCCACACGCAGCACUGUGUACUGUAUCCUGAUCAUUCACGGCCUCAGCUCUGGGCCCUGCAUUGUUAUUCUCUCCAUGUUCUUUGCUUCUGCCUCUCUUAGUUUCUACAAACAAUAUAUGAUGUGCAGUGUAGAGUCUUUUAUCCUUUACAGGUGGCACGAUCAUGUUCGCUCAGCUGUGAAUCAAUUUUAUUUCUUGAUUAUGGGCAUCACUAUUGUUUUCUCAUAUGUAAAAAUAAUGAAAGUGGCCAAAGCUGCAUCUGGAGAAAAUAAGAAGUCGACACAUAAAGGACUCAGAACAGUGGUUCUUCAUGCUUUUCAGCUGCUCCUCUGUCUCAUUCAGCUGUGGACCCCAUUCAUAGAAACUGCUGUCCUUCAGAUUGAUUUUAAUUUAUUCAUGGAUGUCAGAUUCUUUAACUAUAUAUCAUUUUGUAUUGCUCCAAGGUGUCUGAGUCCUCUCAUCUAUGGCCUCAGGGAUGAAAAAAUUUUUCUUGAACUGAAAAAUUAUGCCUACUUCAUCCUGUUCAAAAUAAGCAUAACUUGA